AAACGAUUCCAAAACGUGUCGCUGUUUUACCGCACUGCAGGUAAAAGUUAACAACUUCAAACAUGAACUCGAAAUGCCAAAAUGUGGAGUUAAAAAUUAUUGACCCGAUUAAAACAUCCAAUCACACUGACACACACAGCAAAAACCAAAUUACAGUAUUCUGCCAUAAGCGACAAGGCGCACAAUCCACGCUGUACACAAUCAACAUUCAACAUCACUCAUUUUCCGCGCAGUACCUCAUUUGGAUUCUGCUUCGUAUCAAUUCGCUGCCGACUCUCCUGUGCUUUAGCAUUCGCCAUGAUAUUAGGAUCAGGAUUAUGGCCAUGCUCCUUGUACUUCUCCUCAACAUACUUCGUGUCGAAUUUAUCGACACCUUUCACUCUCCCAUCGUCAAAAGGCUUCGCGGUCGUCUUGGAGUAGUAGUUCUUGUAAUAAAAGUAUCCAGCUCCUGCCGCAGCGGCCGCGCCUGCCAGUGCCAACCACGGGACUCCGCCACCACGCGACGCAUUUCCCGCUGCACUGGCUGCUGCACCCAGAUUUGGUGUUUUGGGGAUUUUCGCUCCGGAUCCGGAACUUCCAUUGCUGCUGCCGCUGGCACUCCCACUUGAAGCACUGCCAACAUUCUGAUGUUGUCCGUGUAUCGCAGCUUGACUGGAUGAUUUGCCCUGGGAUCCUGAAUAAGCACCGGAGCCUGACGUGGCUCCGGAUCCCGAACCAGCUCCGGAAGGCGGAUUAGGGCGAUCUUGCGCGGACGACGACAUCAUCAACUACUGCGGAACAAUUGGUGUCGGAUUUGGUUCUUUCAACUCACUGGAUAACGUGUUCUGAGAGGAUGAUUGCGGUUUAUCUCGACGAUCCUGUUGAACUUCUUUUGCAGCUUUCUCUACUGCUGGCUUCCAGAUAUAUAUGCCACCAAGUAUUCCUAGCGUUAUAGGUAACAGCACAUCGAAAAAUCUGGGGAUAUUCCACAUCGCUUUGUCGAGCCGACUCGAGCGUACAUACAGAUACGGUUGUUGUGUAUGUCUCCGUCAGUCAGUCUGCCCGGCUGCCAGCGCCAAAGCGAUCUGUAGUGCGAAGUCUUGGCUUUGACGUUUGAAUAUAUCACUAUAACACGUGAAUGCCGCGCGGUGCGGUUGUUUAGCGAACGCCGACGUCGCUGAUGACUGCGACGGAUUGACAAGAUACAAUAAUAUUAUUGUAGCCACUGUGUGAUGGCAAAUCAUGCAUCGUUACGAUUCCGUCGGAAUAUCGAUUAUGACCGCUCCAUGGAGGUAACAGAUCGCGAUAUUUUAUUAAGAGAAGAAUACGCGAGGAUGCCCUUUUCCGGUCCUCGGGCACCCCCGGUACCAACAGCUGACCGGUACCGGGAUCCAGGAUUUGGCCCACCCCACCUCGGUUUCCGCGGUCAACCUCCUCGGGAUAUGCCGCCCGAUGCCGGACUGGCCAUGUUCGGGGGAGAUUUUCCGCCUCAUUUCCAGCACGACCGUCGUAUGCGCCCGCGUGUGUUAUCUCGCGGAUCCCAAGAAUAUGCUUAUGCCGUUAAUUCGUUUGAUCGGCCAAUGGUUAACAGAUCUGGCACUUUUCCAGUUGGUGGAAAUGUUCCUCCCGUGUUGUCUAGCCACGAAGCAAAUUUCCCGACUGCCGGCAGUAUGCGAGAAUCUUACCAUUCUGCGGGGAGUGGUCCUCGGUCACGCUCCGCAUCCAUGAAUGCCCACACCAUGACUGCGCGGCAGUCUGUUCAAGAGGAAGAUCUCAUUGCUCGGGAACUGGCUACUGCAUACUGCCAUUACGGACGCGGUGGCAGCCUUACGCCUUCCGAAAUUGCCAGUGAAGAUACGUACGAUAUUGUGGACCGAUUAAACCUGGAUGAACACGAUCCUGAGUAUGAAACAUGGAACAUCGUUAACGCUGGCUGAAGGUUUCGCUGUCACUUUUGCGGAAUGCUUGUGCACAAUACAAAAGAAGUCGUGCCAGCAGUUUUGACAGCUUUUCUUAUUAUGACACGGAGGCAUUCGUGUUUGUACAGCGCUUUACAUUACAUUUUGUUUAAAUCGUUCUUUGAUAUUACGGUAUGUAUACAUACCGUAGCUCUGGCCUGGUAAGAGCUAAUAAUUCUAAACUCUAACCCUGCAUUUUGUAUUCAUUGUUACAAUAAUCCGAGCAACCAUAGUUUUGUAUGCCAUACAAAAAAACCUGUUAUUUGGUUGUUGAUGCCGGACACGGCUUAUUAUUUAAGAAAAACAAUGUCGGGCAAGGCUUAUUAUGUUAACAUUAACCAUAAGUACAAGUG